UAAAUAUCUCUAACUGUAACUAAUGUUAAGUGCUUCAGAACCGACGUUUCAUAAUUUGUUUUGUCAGAGGAAAAUCAAUUCUUGGAGUAUAGUCAAAAAUUGACACAGUAACACAAUUAAUGGUUAAUACAUUCAAGUUGCUUACUUUUUCUAUGUCUUAAAUGAUUGAAGAAAGAGGGACAAUUAUGCUAUUUAAAGGUCAAAGGUUCUCUGUAUAUAUGAUCAAGUAAUUCAAUGAAAAUCUUUUAAUUGCUAAAUGGAUGUCAACCUAGCAAUAGUGGUGUUCUGCCUGGUGCAUCUUACCUUUGGGGGAGAUGAGGUGGUGGUCACCUCUAACGGUCAGUACUGGCCCUGGGAUAUAUCAGAAAGAUUACCAAUAAUGGGCAGGAAGCAGUGCACACGGGAGUGUGAGAUGCGGGGAUCAAAUUGCCUUGCUGUGAACUACAAGGCUGAGAGUUUGCAGUGUGAAAUUCUGCAGAGCAUACCCAGCAACUUGACGGAACUGACUCAAAACGUCAAUUAUCAAUAUAUCCAAAUGACGUCACAGACAUCGGUGUUUUCCUCUGCAGUAUGCGAUUCUUCAUGUGCCUCAACAGGUGGUCACUGUGUGCAACUCACAUCUGGCUUAGACUAUUGCAGAGAUACCAAACGCAGAUGCCCGACAAAUUACCGGUUUUCGGCUGCGCUGAAUUUCUGUUAUCUGCUUGUGCCCAUACUAGCAGACUUUCAAACCGCCAUGGAUCAUUGUGAAGGCAUCGGAGCCAGACUAGCUGUACUGCCAACCAUGGCCCACGUAGAUUACUUAAAAGCAGAACGUACAAAUGGCUACCUGACUAGACUGAAGUAUAUGGUUGGUGGUCAAUGGGAUACUACAUCCGGGACAUGGCGAUGGUUGGACGGUAGCGCAAUAUUUGAUGCAAUCGAUAUAUCAGCAUGUCGUAUAUCUAACAAUAUCGGCAUCAUUGCUUGGGAGAAUAAAUACCGACUGAUGGAUUUAGAUAUUUCAAACAUUGAGGAGUUUUUGUGUGAAAAGGUUUUGGGAUAAAUAUUUAAGCAAGAUAACAAGGACAUACAUGUAGGACAGUGGGGCACACAGUAAAAUAAAAUUUGAGACGGUUAAUUUGCGUUAAUUUCAUGGUAUGGAUAUUCCCCAGAAUUGAAAUCCUCCUCCAGCAAGAGAAACUGAACUGCAAUAAAGAACGACAACUCUUCCACCGCGAAAUUAGGUCCCCAAGAACAUUUUUGUAUGGUCUAAAACCCCAAAAAGUUGACACCCUAGGGCAACAUGUGACUGCACACUGCGUCCUUAUACACGAUUCACUGAGACACGUAAGAGAACCUUUUCUUUAUCUAUCAACGCUUGCCAUCUUACAUGUGUUCUGCUUAUGGUCAGGGUUUUUUUUAAAUCGAGGCAGGCUGCUGCCAAAUACGUGGAUGUAACAGGGGUUUCAACAGUCUCUUUUCAAGUCAACGUUUCUCAAAAACUAUGGUUGUUAUAACGAUCUAGUUUGCCAAUAUAACCUGCCAUUGGGUCAAAUGCUGUCUGACGUGUUUCAUACCAAUUGUCCAAUUGUUAGACCGUUCUUUACACAAUAAUUCUGACUACGGAUUACUCUGCUUUCUUGCUUGAUCAAGAUAGAAGGCUCACAGCGAGUGUGACAGGUCGACAGGGGAUGCCUACUCCACCUAUAGGUACCUGAUCCCACAUCUGGUGUAACAGGGGUCCGUGUUGCCCAACUCUACAUUUAGUAUUCCUUAUAGGAGUUAUGAGAUUGAUCAUUGUUCGUUAUCUUCAACUUUCAUAAAUAUCUUUUUGAGACAACGAUGCAAGACUAAAGAUAUCAGACAUGUUUAUGUGGUGGCAGGUGUGGAACUUAUGUAGUGUUUGCCCAAAUAAAAUCGAAAAUAUU